UCAACGCAAAGCUGCUUUCGAGAAAGGUUCGCCGACAUUUCCCAUCCAUCCUGGGCAAAGCCGUUUUCUGCGAAACACAGAAAAUUUUAAAAUUUCCAAUUCCGUUGGUUCCCAGCCCGCGCGCGCGCGUCUUUCUGUGUGUGUGUUUGUGUACGUGUGUGUAUGCAUGUGGUGUGUAGUGUAUUUUGUACGUAAACGAUAGUUUCGUGCACAAUAGAGAAGCGUUCGGUUCGCAGAAAGGAAGCCGCACCGUGUGGCAAGUUGUCUGUUGACUUGGAAACUUUUACGGUGCUACCGAAAAGACCAAAGCGGAAGGCGCAUCAAGGCGACGGGAGUUCGAAAAGGAAGUCUAAAUUGCUGGUGGAAAAAGAUUAGGGAAUAGUUUUUUUUGCCCCCUUCACGGGUCCGGACACAUUCGAAGGGUGUACGAGUGGUGAAGUAUAAGAAAAUCGGAGCAAUUGGAAAAAAAAACCCCGCACACAUACGCAAUUAAAACCUCGUAAGGACGAUCCACGCAAUCCGGCGCGUUUGUGUGUGUGCGAGAGAGCGAGAAGGAGAGGGAGCGCCAGAAAAAGAGAGUGCUCGCGCGAGGUAGAGACAGAGCGAGCACGAGAACCGUGCGGCGACCAGAGGGAAGCAGAAAAAAUCGAACAUUUACUGCGUGCGUGCGAGCGCGUCUGUGUGUAGUGUGGCCUUUUGCAACCUGGUUCAAAUAUGGCGAAGCCUACUCAGUUAUUAAAUAUUGAACCGGCGAACGAGCUCAAAUUCCUGGGCCCGUUUCGGACUGCUGUUGCGUCCUAUAUGCGGCUCACCAAUCCAACCGACCAUGAUAUCUUUUUCAAAAUCAAAACAACCGCACCGAAGAAGUACUGUGUGCGACCGAACUGUGGCUUACUGGAACCCCACGAAUCACAGGAGAUAGCCAUCGUUCUACAGCCAUUCAUAUUCGAUUCGAAUGAGAAGAACAAGCACAAGUUCAUGGUGCAAUCGAUGGUAAAGCCCGACGAUGAGGAAAUCAAUCUGGAAGACCUCUGGAAGAAGUAUCCGGAGAAGUUGAUGGAUUCGAAGUUACGGUGCGUGUUCGAAUGCCCGCUGGACAGCAACCAGCCGGCACCGGCAGCCGAAUCGGCGACGGUGGCCUCACCGCCCAACAGUAAACAAUCGUCUGCAGCAGUGGCAAGCAACGAUGCCGGCGCACAGUUCUCAAACGCACAGUUUAACGCGAUGAGCAACGAGGACGAGCAGAAGUCGGAGGCGGCACUGCUGAAGGAGGUGAAGAAACUCCGGGACAACGAAAGCGUUUUGCGUCAGGAAAAUUUGCAACUGCGGGAACAAAUUAUACAGCUACACAUGCAAGUGGACGGACGGGCUAAGGAGCAAUCGUCGGCGGCCACCGCUGCAAAGUCAGUCCCGGUACAGUCGGUGCCCGUACACUACCAAAAUCCGUACUCGCCACCGCCACAGCUGGCUCGCAAUCCGCCGCUGGAGCUAAUGUACACCGUGAUUGCCGCCGUGGUCAUGGGCAUUGUCGGCGUACUGAUCGGCAAGGUCAUGUACAGCGACGGUAACAAAUAAAGUUUAAUUUAACGACGGGUGGGUAACCGACCGGUAAACGUUACGCUACCGGGAUCGCGGAAACAGGAAACGAGACCGAUGGUUAUGGUGGCGGUGUUUAUUCGGGAACGUAGGAGCAGUAACACACGAAAACGGGACAGAAGGGCGGGAGAAGGGACGAUACUUCUG